AUGAGUGAAUACCAGGAGAAUUUGUCAGCGUCCAACUCUUCUGAGUGGAAUUUCGUCCUCGACUCUUCAAGUUACGAUGGUCAAUAUAACUACGCGCACACAUCUAAAUACACGAUGAGUCUUGCCACCACCGUUCCUGAUGAUUUCCCAGAGGCCCUUAAUAAUUCAUUUUAUCUUCUUCUCGAAGGUGAAAUGUACUUGCGAUGGACUUAUGUGGGCGAAGGAAAUGUGACGAAAAAGGAUGUCGACGAAAGAGUUUGGGACGCAGUUGAUGGAAGCUUUUUUAAUUUUCUUGAUUACAAAUUAUGGCCAGUUAUCUACGACGAAUUCGAACUUGGGUUAAUUUACGAGCAUCCGGACCAUUUUGAACAUGGUGAAGUCGAAGUCCUUGUCGGAGAAUAUCCGGAAUUGGAGGGUGAUUGCGUCGACGAUACUCAUUUCGGUGACAUUAUUUUUUACCCGAUGAUCCUUGGAUUCCAAAUUCCAGUUUCCCAAAUCGAAGCGACAUCGGUCAACGAUUCGUCAGUGACUGAUCUUGCAACUUGUCAGAAACAAUGUGUUAGCCAUGCUGGUUGCUACCAGAUGCAUUUUGCGGAAGAAACGUGCUCUUUGUUUAAUGAUGUCCCGCAAGAAGAAGAUGAAACUUUUACUACCAACAUCGAUAGGUAUAACACGGAGCAUUGGCGAUUCAUCGUCGACAGAAACUGGCGAUCCUUCAAUUAUGCCUACACUUAUCGCUACCGAUUCGUCAUCCCGAACUCGAUUCCAGAUUAUUAUUCACCAGCUGGCAAUAACCAAGUUUGGAUAAGUUUUGAAGGUGAUUUUUACCUGCGCUGGGCAUACCCAAUGUCCUCUGGUCGAAGAAGAAGACAAACUGAUAAUCUUGUGGACGACUUUGUCACUGAAACUUCAAAUACUGCGACUACAGAGUUUCAACAAGAUUUGAAUAUAGUGGACACUGGAGCGACUGUAGAAGAAACAACGCCAAAUGAACGUGGAGCAAUCUCAUCAACCAACGGAAGAACUUUUGAAGCAGGUUCUAGCUCUUCUGGCUCUUCUGGUUCUUCUGGCUCAAGUGGCGGUUCAUCUGGAGGAUCAAGUGCGAAAGUUCCUCCCUAUGUCAGCAACGUCAUCAACUCACCGGAUAAUGAAGGGGAGCCUAUUCAAGUCAUCGAAGAAGUUGUUCCAGAAGAAUCUUCUUCCUCGAUUUUUGGCUUGAGCUUUUGUCUUUCAAUUAUUUUACUGUUCAAUUAG